AUGGCAUACCGAAAUCCGUUUCACGAGCCACCACCCAGCUAUGAAGCUGCAAAUCGCAGCUCUGGAGGCAUUGCUGAUGCAAAUCCACCUCCAUAUCACAACUGGCAGGAAGCUGUCCCAGACACCGCUACCUUCCCUCCGCCUCCAAUAACAGGCCACUACUUUUCAGGCACCGGGAAUGCUUCCAGUGACGACGCCGAGCGUGCCCAUGAUUUUUGUGACGGGACCCCUCUUUAUAACCCAGUCAUGCCAUCUCAUGCUGUGUACAGUACUGUGCAAAGACACGACGUCCGCCCGGUGCAGCCUCCAGAGUUUGCUGGCCAACUUCGCCUCUCCUCCCAGGGAUACUGGAAAGUGACCACAGCCAAUGGGGCCCGUGACUGUUCGAUCUGGACCAAUUUGCCUCUCUUCUUUACUCAAGCGGACUCUCCUUUGCUGACUAGUAGAAGAAAAAUCAUUUAUUUCGAAGUGAAGUUAGUUGGUCUCCGCAAAGGGCCAGGCGGGGAUUCCCCUGGAUUCUCCAUCGGUUUUCUAGCACAGCCUUAUCCUAGCUGGCGCUCUCCAGGCUGGGAAAGAGGGAGUCUUGGCGUUUUUUCUGAUGAUGGGUGCCGUUUCGUGAACGAUUCAUGGGGUGGAAAGGAUUUCACGACGGGAUUCAGUGUCGGAGAGACAGUAGGCUUGGGGAUGACGUUCCAGCUUGGCGUUCAACGAGGCGACAAGAAAAACCUUGACAUCGAAGUAUUUCUCACUCGACAAGGCUAUAAAGUAGCCGGUUGGGAUCUCCAUGAGCAGCAAGAUGAGGAGGCUGGAGGCAUCAAGGGACUGGAAGGGAAUUUUGACCUAUAUGGUGCUGUUGGAUUGUUUGGGGGUGUUGAUCUUGACGUGCAUUUCAAUCGUUCGCACUGGUUAUACAAGCCAUUGUCUUAA